AGAUUCACUAAAUUUCUGAGUCAGUAGUAUCACUGAAGGGUUUUUUACAUAACUGUGUUACUUACUAUCUAUUCAUUAUUCCAAAAUGAUUCUCAAAUGACGAUAUUGAAUUCCAUCUAUUGAACUUAUCGUUCACGAAAUUGCCAUGGUAACAUGAAGAUUUAUCCCAGCAUCGAUAUGCUCGCUAUUUUGAUAAUAUCGAUCUUAGUACCAUCUGCAAAUAGUGGUUUCGCCUGUCUUGAAAAUCCAUGUGUUCACGGAAUUUGCGUAGACGAUUUAAACUCAACAUAUUUAUGUUAUUGUAUUGAUGGCUACACUGGAAUUCACUGCCAAACAAACUGGAACGAAUGCUGGUCAAACCCCUGCCAACAUGGGGCCACCUGCAUCGACGGAAUAGCCAUGUUCAAUUGUUCAUGUCCUCCAGGAUUCACAGGAGACAGAUGCGAGAUAGAUCUAAACGAAUGCGAGAGCAGUCCAUGCCUUAACAACGGAACUUGCUUGGAUGCUGUAAAUGGGUAUUUCUGUAGCUGCCUUCCAGGAUAUUCUGGAGACCAUUGCGAAGUAGAUGAAGCAGUAUGUAACACCACAAGCGAGGCAAGAUGUGCCAAUGGUGGAGUGUGUGAAGAAGGGCCUGGAGAAAGUUUCACUUGUAAAUGUUUACCAGGCUGGAAUGAUCCUUUGUGCAGAACAGAAAUAAACGAAUGCUUGUCAAAUCCUUGCAGAAACGGAGCAGUGUGUGUGGAUUUAUUAGCUGAUUAUAACUGCGCCUGUUCUUUUGGUUUCAUGGGAAAGAAUUGCGAAGAAGAGAUGCAUAUUUGUGAAACCAACAAUUGCAGAAACAAUGCUUUAUGUUUACUAGAAGAUGGCGAGCCAGUUUGUUACUGUGUACCAGAUUUUCAUGGAGAUCUUUGCCAAUAUCAAUACGACGAAUGUCAGCUAGGUGUUAGGUGUGUAAAUGGAGGUACUUGCAUAGACGGCGUUGAUAAUUUUACUUGUUCCUGCCUUCCAAAUCUGACAGGGGUAUUCUGUGAAUGCCUGAUUUUGCCAGAUGGCUCCCAAAACUGCUCAAUAGUCGACUUUGAGAUGACCACAGUACCUUAUACUACCUUUGGGACAAAUUUUACAUCGCAGAAAUUCACCACUAUGACUUUACCAGAAACUUCAACAUUAUUCACAACUACCAUGAUGGAGUCCAGUACAAUAUACACAAGUCUUAUGACGCAUACUCCAAUUGUUACUGUAGAAACAACAUUCAUACCACCUGACACAACUACAAUAGAAAAUUACCAAAAUUUCAGUACUACAGAAUCUGUAACAAUUACCACAGAUGAAUCUACAUCAGAAACAGAAUACAUUUCAACGAAACAAACCGAAAAGACUGAUAUAUUUUCUACCUCUGAAUAUACUUCAACAGAAACAGAUACAACAGUUUCAAUGCUGAACACAACUCUAUGGAGCUCUUCAAGAACUGAAUCUAUAUUUGAAAAGACAACUAGGCCUGAUGAAGAAACUACUAGCUUUAUGCCAACCGAAUUACAAACCCUUACAACGGUUCAUUCUACAGAUACAAAUAUAUUUACAAACUUUACUUCACUGCCAAUCGAAUAUACAUCGACUACUACUUCGAAAGAAGAGACUGGUGCUACAAUUAAAGAUAUAUCUUCAACAACUAGUGAAACUACCACUUCUGUUAAAGAAGAAAUAACUGUCAGUACCAUUACAAAAGGAAGAGAAUUUCCUAUUCCUUUAUCUACUACCACAGAAGUAACAACACAAAUUUUCGAGAAAACAACAAUUUCAGACACAACAGAUUGCUCCCAAGAAGGAAAUGAGUGCCUGAACGGAGGAACUUGUAUUUUAGAAGAACAAGGUUACAAAUGUUUAUGUUCUUUUGAUACCGAAGGUGCCUUGUGCGAAAUACAUCUUGGUGUGAAAAAUGCAGCUUUCAAUGGUGAUUCAUAUUUAGCUCAUCGUUUGAGUGAUCUUUCUCUGGUAGAUAUCGAGUUUGAAGCUAAGACUGUUACGUCUAAUGGUCUGAUUUUUCAUUUGGUAGCAGAUAAAAUAUUUAUGAGUUUAUAUAUAAGGAAUGGAUUUUUGGAGUUUAAAUUUUCGUGUGGUUAUCAGACUAUGCUUCUGAAAGAGCUCAGGACACCAGUUAAUGAAGGAUAUACGAUGCAUAUAGAGGCGAAGUUACACUUUCGUCCAGAUUUCAGUCAUUGCGAUGCUUCUGUGAAUGUGAAUAAUACUUUAUCAAUGAGGGGAGAUCAAAUAUCAUCAGUGCCACAGUUCCAGAAGCCAACCAUUGGGUUAUACUUUGGAGGUGUGCCGAUGGAAUUGAAACACACUGAUUUGAAUAUAGAAGGCUUUGCUGGUUGUAUGAAAAAUCUCAAGAUUUCUGGAAAAUCUGUCAACAUAUUUGGUGAUGCUGAAGAUGGUACAGCAGUUACCGAAUGUUCUUCACUAGCUUGUCUUUCAAAUCCUUGUCAGAAUGAAGCAACAUGUGUUGUAGAAAAAGGAGAAUGGACUUGCCACUGUAAAAAUGGUUAUUUAGGGAAGCAAUGUGAAAAAUCUGUUUGUGACAACAAUCCAUGUUUAUUUGGAGGAACAUGUGUCAGUCUUUCAAAAAGUGGCUACAUUUGUCUCUGUCCAUUUGGCAAACAUGGUCACUUCUGUGAAAAUGACAUGAAAAUAACACAUCCACAUUUCUCCACAAUGGCCAAAGGAUGGUCAUCCUAUGUUGCAUAUUCGGUGCCAAAUGAAAUAUCCAAAAACCUGGAAAUCAAAUUCAAGUUCAUACCAACGGACAUGGACCAAAUUUCAAUGUUGCUAUUUAUUGGUCAAACUGGAUAUCAUGAUGUAUUUUCAGAUCAUUUGGCUGUGAGUUUAAUAAAGGGUUAUGUCAUGUUGACGUGGAAUUUGGGCUCUGGUCCAAGGAGGAUAUUUACGAAUCAGCCUCUGCAGAAAGGUUUCAAUGACUAUACGAUACAUAUAGGAUUGAGAGGCAGGAGAGCUUGGUUGUUUGUUGAAAAUGUAGGAAAUAUAACUGGAAAAGCUCCAGGAUCUUUUGAAAAUUUGGAUGUCGCACCCGUUAUUUUCAUUGGUGGCCAUGAAUCUAGGUAUUUCAAUAAACUACCACAUGACUUACCACAGCAUGGAGGUUUUAUGGGUUGUAUUUUUGAUAUCAAGCUGAAGACUGAAAACGGACUGAUACCUGUGAAACAAAAUGAUCGUACUGUUGGACGAGCGGUGAACCAGUGCGGGGUUUCAGAAUGUUAUAACAACAGAUGCCCCAAUAAAGCAGCAUGUUUACAUCAUGGAAGCACUUUUACAUGCCUAUGUCAAGAUUCCUGGUACGGGCCACUUUGUUUGUCCAAAGUAAAUCCUUGCGAUUCAACUUAUAAUAAGUGUUCAUCAGGGUCAACUUGUGUACCUUUAAUUGAAGGUUAUGAAUGUGAUUGUCCUUUUGGAAAAACUGGAACAUACUGUGAUAAAGAUGUCAAUAUUACGGAUGUCAGUUUCAAAGGUACACGAUCUUUCAUAAAUUUGGGAAAUCACGAAUUUCUCAACAACAAAUUCAAUUUCAAAUUAGAAAUAAAACCUUUGUCAAAUAAUGGUUUACUUAUUUUCACUGGAAAGGAACAUAACUUUGUUUCACUGUAUCUACAAAGUGGAACUGUGGAAUUGAGGAUCAAAAGAGGAAAAUUCAAAGUGAGUCACAAUCUUGUUACUCUGAGGAGUAGCAGAUUGUUAGUUUUAGGAGUAUGGCACCAAAUAAAAUUCGGAAUGUUUGGGAGGAAAGUGUAUCUAUCGGUGGAAAAUGUUAUGGAUACCGCGUUGUUGGAAAAGGAAAGCUAUGUGUUGGAGGUCAAAGAUACCAUUUAUUUAGGUGGUCUACCAGAUAUGUCAAAGCUACCUCUAGAUGCUCUCUCCAGCCUUCCAUCCCAAUAUACAGGAUGUAUUCGCCUACUUGAAAUAGACUCACAGUUUCUACCUCUUAUUCCUCAAAAUGUAGAAAGUGGUCGAAAUAUUAUGGACUGUGACGGAACACCCUGUGGAGGAGAUGUCUGUGCUAAUGGCGGUACAUGCUGGUUAGAUUCCUUCAGAAUAUCCCAUUGUCAUUGCCCAGCACCUUUCUUUGGGAGUAAAUGUGAGAAUACCUACAAUUGCUCCAAUAAUAAGUGCAACGAUAAGGGAAAAUGUAGUAAUAACAAGUGCUAUUGCAUUCCUGGAAGGAAUGGUUUCAACUGUGAAAAUGAAAUUAUAGUUAAAAUGCCCGAGUUCAAAAAAGGCAGUUAUUUGAUUAUUGAUAAGAAGAAAGAUAAAAGGAGGGAUGCUCUCAACACAAAUAUUGGUCAAAUUUCCAUAAACUUCACAACAGCUAGUUCAGAUGGCUUACUAUUGUGGCAUAAAGAGGAGAAUUCCUUCAUAGGGUUGGGAAUCGAAAGAGGAUAUCUUAAAUUGGCCUAUUCUCCUGAUAAAAAUAAUACUUUUUCUGCAAUUCUAUGGAACAAUAGGAUGUCAGAUGGACUUUGGCACAACAUACGUUUGAAAUUUUCACCAAUGUCCAUAGAAGUUGACAAAACAUCAUUUAGGAAAAAUUUACCACUCCAGAAAAACCAUGACAUGAAUUUGACCAAUGGAAGAUUUUUUCUAGGAAAUGUGCCAAGCCCCAAGAGCCUUUCAUUUGAAACCAACGGAUUUUUUAAGUAUCCAUUUGAAGGAUGCAUUGAAAGUUUCAGCGAAAAUUCUGAAAAAAUUAACGAUUUCACAAUAUUCGAAGGACUAGGAAUUGACAUUUGCCCCAUAUUUUGAUAUAAUUUGUCAAUAUAUCAAAUUUUUCUCUUCAAUUUCUAAUUAUUUUCCCAAGUCCUAUAGAAUAUUUCAUAUUGAUGGAAAAUUGUCUCAAUUUAUUUGUACAGCUAUAGAGUGUUUCAGAAACUAAAUGAAUAAAUGCCAAAGUAAUUGA